GCAAGGAAUUGAACUAUCGGCGGCUGAUAAAGAAUUGUUAGAGCGUUGGACGGUCAUGCAGGAGAAUCGUCCCCCUGGUGCACCCAGUAAGGACAGAACAACGCCACCUUCUGACCCCCAGGUCACUGAAAGGUCAACCUUUGACCUCCCUGCAGAAUUACCCAAUCAGAAGCAUCGUGACAGCCAAGGGUCACUGCCAAGUCCCUUGCAACAGCAGAAUCAGCAGUCUGGUCCUCAGCUUCAAGAAAGCAACUUAGAAACAGUGGCACAUGGAAAAACAAGUGGAAUCCAGGCCACAAAUUUCCAACAUGGUCAAACUGUGUUUUAUAGGGCAGAUAAUGCCAACAAAAAGCACCCUGAAAUGAGGAAGAGUUUCCCUCUGGAUGCAUUGAAUGCCAUUGGUUACUCGGCAGGACAUUUGACUGAAUCUCAGGACCCCAGAGCCAAUCAAAACAUCGGGUUAGUUCUGGGCAGAGAGUAACUCAUAAUAUACACGAAGGCUUGGAGCAGAGGGUGGGAAAUGCGAUGUUGAAACGAAACUCUACUGGAUCCACAGCGCUCACACAGGAAGUGACUUCUAGAGUCGGGUCAGCCUCUGUCUGGAGAGACAGCUCUCACCGUUGCUCAGACCCCGUGUUGUCGGGCUAUGGGUCACCCACAGGGUCUCCACAGACUUCCCAAAGCGAAUCUGAAUCCACGCCCUCCACAGGGGUUAUCUCCCUUAGCUAUAUUGACGAGAGUGUUUACAAUCCGGACUGUGUCCUCGCAAGAAGGGGCUGGCCUAUUUGUUUCAGAAUGCUCCUCUGGGCCAACAGUUGGGCUCCACACUCCAGCCUUUGUGCCACUGGAAAACAACUCGUGUUCAGUACCAGCACAAGACAAUGUGCCAAUGUUUGAGGCACGACCAACCAGUGAAAACAUGGCCGCCUCUUCCCAGAGCAGACCCACACAACAACUCGCCACCACAGUUAAAUAUAAACCCUACCCCAUCUGAAGUCACGGAUCAGGACAUGCCCUUCAGCGAACCGACAGCAUUCUCCUGCCAUGGGGGUGAGUCGAACGUCACUUCGUGUUCAGACAUCGUUGCCGAAUCAUCCAGCCUCCACAGCGAUUGGGUGGCUGUGCUUAGCAAACAAUUGUCUAAACACCUAGUGGAGGACAUUUACCCGCCAGCCUUGAUCGGGACCCCCAAGGGCUUAGGUGGAGGAUAUGGAGUGGGAUUAUCUCUGGACCAAGAAAUGGCAGAAGGGUGUCCUAACCCAGACUCCGCCCCCCUCUCUGCAUCCCUGCUGGCUGAUUGGAUGGAUGUGUCCGGGAACAUGAGCGCACGCGAGAUGGAGGCCUUGUUCAGAGAGGCAGAGCUUGCGUCUCCCAUGGCGAUCUCACUCAGCGAUUUCACCCUACCAUCAUCAUAGAUUCUCAAACUUUUUUCCAGGCAACUUCUAAUGCAAUUUAAACAACACUAUAUUUUUUUUUAUGUGAACAUGUGUUUAGAGGAAUUUUCUUACAUUUCCUAAACAUUAUGAAAGUAUUAUAUACAUUCUACUUUGUGGUGAUGGCAUUAUUGUUUUUGCAAGUAAUAUGUCAAGAUGUACAAUAUCAAUUGUAAUACAGUGUACAUGAGAAAAUCACUAUUUAGUGGCGUUAAUGAGUGGGUGCUGUGUUAUAAAAUAAGUCUAGGAAUAACAUAAGUUUCUUAUUUUAAUUAUAUAAGCAACGUUUCAGUGUACAUGUAUGCUUACAGCAUUUUGGGUGGUUGCUUAGGCCAUUAUCACCUAUGGGUUAGUAAUAGCGUAAGCAACCACACCCAAACCACCCUGGAAUGUUGAUUUUAUAUUAUAAGAAGUGAAUAUCUAGAUAUCAACAUAGAUUCUACAUGUAAUUCCUAUGGACAGAUUUCUCCUGACAAAACCCAUGGCUAUGGAGCGACACACAUUAAUUGUUAAGGCAAUGGCACUAUGUUGGCGAUUUGUAGUAGUUUUAGCCAAACUUUGUCGUCAAUUUGCUGUUUUCCAAAAAAUCUCUACAUUAAUUUAUUUACCUUAGUAUGAUGUGGCGAUUUUGCUAGAGACAGUAUAUUAUUUCAUAUAAUUGCAUGGCAGGUUAGGGUUAAUUUACUGCCUUGUCCAUAACAUAGACAUAGGUCAGGCACUAUAUCUUUUUUUAUUUUCCAUGUACAGGUGUAAAAGAUGUCUUGCCUCUUACCUUUAUAUCAGUGAUUAGAGUCCUCAGUUUCGUGCACCAAGAAAGUUAUGUUGUUGCCGCCAUACAUUUAACUGUCUGUUCACAGCUUUACAACAAAAGUUAUGCAAUCCAAUCCAAGACAUACUAUGGUUGAUUGGGUUCAGGAUAUAGAAAAUUUUGCAUCUGAUUCUUCACCACUGCCAGAUGUUACGCUAACACAUAUUUUUCUUUUUACCUUGGAAUAAUACUGAGUCGAGUAUUGUCCCUGUUUUCAGAGCUCGUCAGGCAGUUUUUGUACAUUUAGCAAUA